CUUCCUGCAUGACGUCACCUCAGUUGCGUGGUGAAAGAGGAGAGCAGCAAGCAGCCCGAGUGCAAGAAGGCAUCCACGUCGCGACCACUUUCGCUCUCAUUCUCCCUCCUUUUUCUUUUUCGGUCGCCUUUUCGAGCACCAUGGAGCCUCAAGUCAACCAGAAAACCAUCAACUUCGGAGCCGGUCCAGCUAAACUCCCGGCGCCGGUGCUGCUUCAAGCCCAGCAGGAGCUCCUCAAUUACAGUGGCCUUGGGAUCAGUGUUCUUGAAAUGAGCCACCGAUCGGCAGAAUUCACCCAAAUCAUGAAUAAAGCCGAGAGUCUCCUUAGAGAGUUGCUAAACAUUCCCGACAACUACAAGGUGAUGUUCCUGCAGGGUGGCGCAUCGGGCCAAUUCAGCGGCAUCGCCCUCAAUCUGAUGGCCCUAAAGGAGGACAAAUGCGCCGACUACAUCGUGACGGGCACGUGGUCAGCGAAGGCCGCCAAAGAGGCAGAGAAAUACGGCAAAGUCAACGUAGUUCACCCCAAGCUGGAUAGUUACACGAAAAUCCCCGACCCGAGCAGCUGGAGCCUAAACCCGGCGGCGUCCUACGUGUACUACUGCUGCAACGAGACCGUGCAUGGCGUGGAGUACAACUUCACGCCCCAAACCAACGGGGUGACCCUCGUCAGCGACAUGUCCUCCAACUUCUUGUCAAGGCCCGUGGACGUUUCCAAGUUUGGUCUGAUUUAUGCCGGCACUCAGAAGAACGUGGGCUGCGCCGGGGUGACCGUGGUCAUCGUGCGCGAGGACCUGAUAGGCCAUGCCCAGAAAGAGUGUCCCAUCGUCCUGGACUACAAAGUGCAGGCUGAGAUGAACUCGCUGUACAACACCCCGCCCUGUUUCAGCAUCUACAUCAUGUGUCUGGUUCUGGAGUGGAUCCAAAAAAAUGGCGGCGCGGCCGCCAUGGCGGCGCUCAACAAGCGCAAGUCGGACAUGAUUUAUGACAUCAUCAACUCUUCCAACGGCUUCUAUUGCUGUCCAGUGGACGAGCACUGUCGAAGCCGCAUGAAUAUUCCGUUCCGUAUCGGGAAGAAAGAGGGCAACGAUGCCUGGGAAAAGGAGUUUCUCAACGGGGCAUCCAAACGUGGAAUGAUCUCUCUCAAGGGACACAGGUCAGUUGGGGGUAUCCGUGCCUCUCUGUACAACGCCGUAACGCUGGAGGACACGGAAGCCUUGGCCGAGUACAUGAAGGAAUUCCAAAAAGCACACCAAUGAGCUCUAGCGGUAGAACUUGUCCACUUUCGACAAAAAUAGAAUGAAAUAGCGGUUAUGGGCCAAAAGGUGGAUGUGGAUGACAUUGUUUGAUGCGAACGUGCACAAUUCAUCCACUGAUGUUGUUUUAAUGUAAAUACCAUGAGUAGGUUUAAGCCUUCCAAUACAAUCUUUAUUCUU